GCGACAAAGAGGAUCAACUAUCACUCUAUCAGGCUAUCUCCAACUUCCGUAAUCCACUCUUUUUUCGUAACGUUUCUAAAUUACCCUCCUUUUUUUCGUGGUUGUUUAUUCAUCACACAUUCAUCAUAACUUACAUUCACAGCUCAUCACAAAGUACUAAAUUUCAUUAAUUUCACUUCGCAAACUACUUAAUUUAAUCCAAUUUCUCUCUCCUUUUUCAUGGGUUUUUAUUGAUUUUGAUUUUUUGAUGUUGAUUUGAGCUUUUUAAUUUAUUUAUCAUGGAAUUUAUUUCCCCAAAUUGUACAAUUAAUUCACCCCCAUCUCUCUCAAUUUCACUCCCUUCACCCCUUUUCUCAAAAUCAGUAAAUUUCAAGUCAAAAUUCAAUACCCAAUUCAUUUCUUUUAAAACCCCAUCAAAAUCACUAGUUAUUAGAGCAAAUGCAUUGCAACUUAGCAAGAAUAGUGAUAAAAAUGGUGGAAAUAGUGCCUUGGAUCAGCUUGAUAUUGAACGUGGUGUUUGUGUACCAUUUCGCAAGUAUACGCCUGAGGCGGUGAGGAGUAAGGUGUUGGAAUCCAGAGGCGCAAUUUUGUCCUUGGUUGAACGUGGUGUUGAGAUAGUGUGGAACUUAGGCCUAUACUGGGCUACAUUAUCAUAUGAUUUUUUUGUUGGUAGAGAUGAGGAAGUUGUGCCAUAUCGAGCAAGGCAGCUGAGGAAUCUGUUAUGUGACUUAGGGCCAUCCUUUAUUAAAGCUGGGCAGGUUCUUGCUAGCAGACCUGAUAUAAUCAGAGAAGAUUACAUGAACGAACUGUGUAUUUUGCAAGAUGAUGUUCCACCAUUUCCUAAUCAGGUUGCCUUCAAAAUCAUAGAAGAGGAUCUAGGGCAGCCCCUUGAGGCCAUAUUCAGCAAGAUUUCAUCACAGACAAUAGCAGCUGCAAGUUUGGGUCAAGUUUAUCGAGCCACCCUUCGUGCCACUGGGGAAGACGUAGCUAUUAAGGUACAAAGGCCUAACAUAGAGCCAAUAAUAUAUCGAGACCUUUUUCUCUUCCGUACUCUUGCAUCAUUUUUGAAUGGCAUCAGCAUUCAGAAACUAGGCUGCAAUGCUGAGUUGAUUGUUGAUGAAUUUGGUGAGAAGCUUUUGGAAGAGCUUGAUUACACCUUGGAAGCUCGUAACAUUGAAGAGUUUUUAGAGAAUUUUAAAGAUGAUCCAACUGUCAAAAUUCCUAAAGUUUACAAGCAGUAUUCUGGCUCGCGCGUCCUUGUGAUGGAAUGGAUUGACGGAAUUCGAUGUACUGAUCCUCAGGCUGUUAGGGAUUCAGGCCUUGACAUGGAUGGGUUUUUGACUGUUGGAGUUAGUGCUGCCCUGCGGCAGUUAUUGGAGUUUGGGCUGUUCCAUGGAGAUCCUCAUCCUGGAAAUAUAUUUGCUAUGCGUGAUGGGCGGAUUGCGUAUGUGGACUUCGGAAAUGUUGCUGUGCUGAGCCAACAAAAUAAACAGAUAUUGAUAGAUGCUGUCGUCCAUGCUGUGAAUGAGGAUUAUGCUGAGAUGGCAAAUGAUUUCACUAGGCUUGGUUUCCUGGCAAAGGGGACUGAUGUGGCUCCUAUUAUUCCUGCAUUAGAAGCCAUAUGGCAGAAUUCUCUUGGGAAAGGGGUAUCAGAAUUUAAUUUUAGAAGUGUCACUGGUAAAUUCAAUCAGCUUGUUUACAACUAUCCAAUUCGUAUUCCCGAAAGGUUUUCACUUGUCAUCCGAUCUCUAUUGACGCAAGAAGGAAUAUGCUUAUCUCUGAAGCCGGAUUUUAAAUUCCUUGAGGUAGCUUACCCAUAUGUGGCGAAGCGUCUUCUUACAGAUCCAAAUCCUGCUCUUCGUGAUCGUCUUAUCCAGGUACUUUUCAAAGACGGGGUUUUUCAGUGGAAACGACUGGAAAAUUUGAUUGUGUUGGCAAAGGAGAAUGUUUCAAGGAUGAGCAAUACUCCAGCAUUGCAACUCAGAGACAAGAAAGGGAAUGAACAAGCAAUCUCCAAGUUGGACCUUACAGACACCAUCAAGGACGGAACACGGCUGUUCUUGAUCGAUGAGGGGAUUCGUAGACAGCUUGUUCUUGCUAUGACUGAAGACUCAAAGCUUCAUAUACAAGAGCUUAUAGAUGUGUAUCGUUUGGUUGAGGAUCAAGUAGAUGUACCGAAUGUUGCUGUGGAAGUUGCUCGAGACUUGCCAAGUAUGGCACGCGAUGUUCUGCUUUCUUGGAGUAAUUCGAUUUUAUAUGACUGAAGCUGGGAGUUUACUGGCUGCUGAUGAAUUCAUAUUAUUCCUUGUAUAUGCUGGAAUAAGGAGGAAAAUUGGAGCCCUUCUCAUUUUGUAGAACAACUAGGGUUUGUCAGACCCUAGCUAUAUGUCAUAUUUUGUAUUAUAUGUAUAGUCAGGAAACCACAGUUUUGAGUUUGUAUAUAGAAGCCAUUUUUAAAGAUUCGACGGGCCCGUAAAAAAAAUGAGGAUCCUUCCCAAACAAAACCAGGGGAGGCAGCAGCCCCCACCUUCACUGCACAGCAUGGGGGAGCCACUCCUUAAUCCGAACUAAAGAUGGCUAGGUUCUCACCACUCCAUAAUACGUCUUGGUGCAAUUUUGUACGAAGUAUAUUACAGAUAAUUAUGUAUCAGAAGUUAAAUUAAUUGUAAUUAAAUCAUUACAGUAUUACAUUCA